AGACGGUUUAGUGCAUUCACGUGACACCAUGUUUGUAUAGAUGAGCGAGUCCUAAAACCGUAACAUGUUUAGAAUCAGUCUCUCAGUGUUUAUGAUGGUGGUGUGUCUGCUGUAUUUACUGCUCCAAAGCUCUGUGUAUGGCUUCUGUCGGAUUUUGCUCCGAGUCUAAUAGAAUUUGACAAAUAUACUCGAUUUCAGCUUCUCAUAUUCCAUCGCAUUUCCUCACUCCAAGCAGGAGUCUUGCUCUUCGGCCAUCUCUCAAAAGUCAUUGUCUUCCGCGCCCAGUCCCCUUCUUACUUCACCAUCUAUCCUUUACUCUCUACUGCAUUUGUCUUAGCGUUAUCUACUCACUCACUGGCGUCAUUCCUAUCCCCCAUCCUUUCAUUCACAAAAAUCGGCCGUUUGAAUCCAACGCCAAGAUGAAGAUUCUUCACCUAUUGUUGUAUACAAUCCUAUACCCUUCGCUUUUUAUGACACUCGGGCGUGCAACUACCCUUGGAAGUGAGCCCUUUCACGAAGUCGAAGCAGAUCUCGACUUGGUAUCAAUGCUCAACCUUAAGUCGCAAAGGCAGGACGCGAUUUUCACAGAAGCAGUCGAGCUCCUCAAAUCGGCUGAACUAUCUGCAUCCUGCAAUCGAAUGGCUGCCGGGAAACUCGUUACAACAUGCCAAUCGAUAGGACGAAAGCCGAAAACUUCAGCUGAUCCUGGCACGUACAAUACUCUGGAUUACGUUCGCUCGCUUUACGCAGCGAGGCUUGCUAUAUGUGAGAUCACAGGAGCGGGGUCUUCCAUCCCGUCCUCCUGCCUCUCGGUAAAUGCUUCUCCUUCUCAAAAGAGAGCAUUUUGGCCCUUCUAUUCAAAGGAAACCAGUGCAGACAGCGAUACCGAGAACGUAUCGCGGAGCGACUUGGAACAUUGCCUCCAGUCACUGGAGUCGCGACCUCAAUGGUGGACUUCUUACAGCAACAGCAGGCAGAAUGCCGUAGUUAUCUGCCAAGCAUCAAGAGCCGAGAAAGAGAAGGAGGAGAUUCUCGAACUCUACAAGGCUAUGCUCCAAAGCGCAGGCAGAAUGAACCAUGGUUUAUGGGAUGCAUUGCGAAUGGCAGCUGAAGAAUCUGCUAGGUACAGGGCCUUUGCAGAGGCGACAGAGCGUUUGAAGAAUGGAAUCUUGCGUGAUCUGGAGGAGUCAAAAUCAACUUUUCAAACCACUUUUGAACUGGUAGCUCAAGGCUUCGAAACUCAAUAUAGGUCAUUAGCCGAGACUCUCACCUCGACACUGGGAAAUCUUCAAAGGGGCGUGACGGGUCUUGAGAAGGACAUUCAGAGCUCGUCAAGUGAGAUCAACAGCCUACGCCAGGCUCUGAGAGCUGUCCACAAUGAAACCCUCCGAAGAAGCGAUGAGAUCGCCUGGACGCAAAAACAAAAUACCGCGAUGAACAGCGAACUUGCUCUGUCUCUCAAGUCACAAUUGCAAUCAGUCACGGAGAACGAAAUUGCUAAGCUCGGUGAGAAUGUGGGAGAUUUCAGCACCUCUCUGGAAUGGCUCCAAGGAAGAGUGGGACAAAUGCUAGAGCAAGGGGAAAGCGCGUCUAAGGUUGGUAUCUCCUCUACUGUGUAACUCAUGGAUGAAUCUAACUCGUUAGCAUCUGCGGAGUUUCGAAUCAUCACUUGAUCAGUCCCAACUGCGUGUUGAAAGUAUACACAAGGCUGAACAGCAUAUUUACGAGAUUACCGGCGCCCUAUCGCAGCUAAUAGACGGCUUACAAAUCCAAACAAAGAUUUCAACUGCUUUCAUUGAGCAAGGAGCUUCCAAAGCCGCCGACCUCGUUGCAACGAUCGAUGAAGGGUCGAGAAAAUACCAAGCGUUCAUUGGCAUCUUCGAGAUGGUGUUUGGAUCCUACUCGAGCUCGGUACUGUGGAUUUGUCUUCUCGCCAUUGUUCUGGUUACAGCCAUCGUAUCAAUGACACUCUGGUGUGUUUGUAGGCGGCCCUCGCAUGCUUCAAGAGGCUCGCCUACUUCAGAUCACGACGACCCACCACCAACGUGUUUCGAUCUUGUCGCCUAAAACCGAAAGGGCUAUUUCGAAUUUGAGUUCCGACCUGGACGUGAAACGCCUUACGACUUAUAUUGCAUAUGAUAUCCUCAUCAUCCAUUUAUACAAAAACAUAGCAUGAUUUUAAAUUUGCUUUUUGCUGGCGUCGGACCGUGUUUUAUACUUCGCAUCGGCUGUCCAAUGACAAUCCGAGAACAUGCUGGCAGACCUCGGAAUCUCACUCCUUUGUUUUCGAAAUUGAUUAAACUCGGAU